AUGGCCUCUCCCUUCUUCUUCAUCAAAAAGAAGGAUGGCUUGCUACGCCCUGUCCAGGACUAUUGCAAGCUCAGCGAGAUGACCGUGAAGAAUCGUUACCCGCUACCGCUUAUCCAAGAGCUUCUCGACAAGCUCAAGGGUGCCCGCUACUCCACCAAGUUGGACGUUUGCUGGGGAUACAACAACGUGCGCAUUAAGGAGGGCGACGAGUGGAAGGCUGCAUUCCGUACCAACAUGGGUCUCUUCGAACCAACCAUCAUGUUCUUUGGCCUCACCAACUUGCCCGCCACGUUCCAGGCCAUGAUGAACGAGCUCGUCCGUGACCUCCUUCAUGAAGGCAUCGUUGUUGUCUAUCUCGACGACAUCCUCAUCUUCACCAAGACACUCGAGGAACAUCAGUGUGUCACACACGAGGUUUUACGCAUACUACGGGAGAACAAGCUUUAUCUCAAGCCUGAGAAGUGCGAGUUCGAGCAAACCAAAAUCGAGUACCUGGGCAUGAUUGUUGAGGAGGGACACGUUCGCAUGGAUCCUGCCAAGGUCAAGGCCGUUGCCAAGUGGGCUGUCCCAACGCGCAAAAAGGAGCUACAGUCAUUCCUAGACUUCUGCAACUUCCACCGCCGCUUCAUCAAGGACUUCAGCCACGUCACUCGCCCGCUCCAUCGCCUUACCGGAGACGUCCCUUGGGAAUGGGGCGUUGAACAGCAGCUCGCCUUCGAGGAACUCAAGCUGCGCAUAACAUCCAAGCCCGUGCUUGUCAUCCCAGUCGACAACUUCCCGUUCAGAGUUGAGGCCGAUGCCUCUGACUUUGCAACAGGUGCAGUACUCUUACAGAAGGCCACAGACGGAAAAUGGCACCCCGUGGCCUACUUCUCCAAGUCGCUAAGCGAGGCCGAACGCAACUACAAGAUCUACAACAAGGAGCUUCUCGCCAUCAUGCUUGCGCUAGAGGAAUGGUGCCAGUACCUCUUGGGCGCCCACCACAC